ACCAAGUACUUACCUCUCCAGUUUCUAAAGAUAAAAUCUUUACAAUCUCUACAGUCUCUCCAGUUUCUUCGGACUUCAACUUUGAUUAAAAAAAACUGUUAUGGAGAAGAAUACAAAGGUGAAGCUUGCCAGUGAUCCUGAUGAUGACAAGGUUCAUCAUCACACUAACACAGAGCAGGAUAGCAUAAUCCUGAACCCUAACUUUGAGGACGGCCUCAACAAUUGGGGUGGAAGAGGGUGCAAGGCUGUCUUGCACGAGUCAAUGGAUGGAGGGAAAAUCGUACCGCUCUCAGGACACGUUUUUGCAGCAGCAACGGAGCGUAAAGCCUCAUGGAACGGGAUCCAGCAGGAGAUUUCAGGAAGAUUCCAAAGGAAGCGUGUCUACGAAGUAACAUCAGUCGUCCGAAUAUUUGGCAACAAUGCCACGAGUGCAACAGUACAAGCGACUCUCUGGGUCUUAAACGCAAACCAGCGCGAACAAUACAUCACCAUUGCUAAUGUGCAGGCGAGUAAUAAAGAUUGGGUAGAGUUGAAAGGCAAAUUCUUAAUACAUGGUUCACCAUCGAGAGUAAUAGUAUACCUUGAAGGUCCACCUCCAGGAACCGACAUUCUUGUCAACACUUUAGAUGUUAAACAUGCUCGGCGGAACCGUCCAUCUCCACCACCAUUCUACGAGAAUCCCGGUUUUGGAAUCAACAUAGUUGAAAACAGUGAAGUAAGAGAUGGAGAAACUCAACCAUGGUUCACUCUAGGAAACUGCAAGUUGAGUGUUGGACAAGGCGCUCCUCGCACUUUGCCGCCAAUGGCUAGAGAAACACUUGGUGCUCACAAACCUCUUGGCGGAAGCUACAUCCUUGUGACCAAUAGAUCUCAGACUUGGAUGGGUCCGGCUCAAAUGAUAACAGAUAAAAUAAAACUAUUCUUGACAUAUCAAAUCUCAGCAUGGGUAAAGAUUAGUGUUGGAGCUAGUGGUGCUAUAAAUCCUCAAAAUGUGAACAUUGCACUCAGCGUCGACAACCAAUGGGUGAAUGGAGGACAAGUCGAGGUCACCGUUGGUGAAACAUGGCAUGAAAUCGGAGGAUCCUUUAGGCUCGAGAAGCAGCCCCAAAAUGUCAUGGUUUACGUUCAAGGUCCUGCAGCUGGCAUUGAUCUGAUGAUUGCGGGACUGCAAAUAUUCCCUGUGGACCGUCAGGAACGUAUCAGAUGUCUCAAAAAACAAGUUGAUGAGGUACGUAAGCGCGACAUUAUCCUGAAGUUCUCAGGACUUGAUGAAUCCUGUGAUUUGUUUCCUUACAUAGUGAAAGUGAAACAAACGCACAACAGUUUCCCGGUAGGAACGUGCAUUAAUAGAACAGACAUAGACAAUGAAGACUUUGUUGAUUUCUUCACCAAGAACUUUAACUGGGCAGUGUUCGGAAACGAGCUGAAGUGGUACUGGACAGAGGCCGAACGCGGAAAGCUCAAUUACCAAGAUGCAGACGAUAUGUUGGAUCUUUGUAUUGGUAAUAACAUUAACGUUAGGGGACACUGCAUUUUCUGGGAAGUUGAGUCCACGGUUCAGCCGUGGGUUCGUCAGCUGAACAAAACAGAGCUCAUGAACGUGGUCCAGAAGCGUCUCACAGAUAUCUUAACGCGAUACAAAGGUAAAUUCAAGCACUACGACGUCAACAACGAGAUGCUUCAUGGCUCUUUCUAUCAAGAUAGGCUUGGCAAAGGUGUCAGAGCUUUGAUGUUCAACAUUGCACACAAGCUUGAUCCAUCUACUUUGCUCUUUGUGAAUGAUUAUCAUGUCGAGGACGGUGAUGACUCACGUUCUUCCCCGGAGAAGUAUAGCAGACUUGUUCUUGAAUUGGAAGCGCAAGGAGCAGCCAUAGGAGGUAUUGGGAUCCAAGGACACAUAGAUAGUCCUGUUGGAGCCAUUGUUUACUCUGCUCUUGAUAAUCUCUCUGUUCUUGGCCAUCCAAUCUGGUUCACAGAGCUUGAUGUGUCUUCCAGAAAUGAAUUCGUUAGAGGAGAGGAUCUUGAAGUUAUGUUGUGGGAAGCAUUUGCUCACCCUGCCGUUGAAGGAAUAAUGUUAUGGGGAUUUUGGGAACUAUCUAUGAGUAGGGAGAACUCAAAUUUGGUGGAGGGAGAGGGAGAAGUAAACGAAGCCGGUAAAAGAUUUUUGGAUGUGAAACAAGAAUGGUUAUCUCAUGCCUAUGGGAUCAUCAAUGAUGAAUCAGAGUUCAUAUUCAGAGGCUAUGAUGGGACUUACGCCGUUGAAGUUUGUACUCCGGCUGGGAUCGUUCUCAAAACGUUUGUCGUCGAAAAGGGAGAAUCUCCACUUGUUCUCUUGAUUGAUCUAUCAAAUUUGUGAUAUUUGUGUUUCAAAUUUGUGAUAUUUGUGUUUCUUUUCCAUUGUUUGUCUUAUUAUAUAUGGGUGGGAAUUUGUUCUUCGUGAAGCAUGUAACAUACAUUAUGUUAAAAAAAGAAGAAGUUGUUAUUGUU